AUGCUUUCCACUAUAAUCCACUGGUUUUGUUUGUUGUCCUUUUUGGUGUGUGGUCGCACGCUAUUGCGCAGAACGCAGUCGAGUCACCCCCUCAGGAGAUCCAAAGUUGAGAACGUGACCAAUGUGCAGAUCCUCGUGGUGUCCCUGCUGCUCUUGGUCAUGUCCUUGGUGAGCUGUGUGGGAGCCAUAUUCUGGAAUGACGGAUACGGCAGAGCAGACAUCUGGUACAUCGGGAAUAAGGAUUACGACUCCCACAGCUUUGGGUUUGACAUUUUGGCGUUCAUCAUUCUGUACCAUAAUCUCAUCCCCAUCAUUCCGCUGGCCACUCUGGAAACUGUGAAAUACAUUCAGGCCCUGUUUAUAAACUGGGAUGAAGAUAUGCAUUUUAAGGGCAAUAAUGUCUACGCCAUGGCCAGAACAUCCAAUCUCAAUGAAGAGCUCGGGCAGAUUAUGAUUUUCCAUCUUUCAAUUAAUUGGAGGCCACAUAUAAAUUAUGGUGAAAGGCAGAAUUUUGGAAUUAAACUUCCUGAGUGUGAAUCCUGGUUUCACCAUUUACCAGCAGAGACAAGGACUCCACAAGAAAAGAAAAUUACAGGCCAGUUUGAUGACUUGAAGUUUACUUUGUGUAUUACCAUAGUAUUUCACCUCCAGUGUACAACAAAGAGAAGAGUGAAAUACUUAUUCUCUGAUAAAACAGGGACCCUCACGUGCAAUAUUAUGACAUUUAAGAAGUGUACCAUUGCUGGUAUAAUUUAUGGAAAUCAGUCAGACAGAAGUGCUGCUGGUGAAGAAAACUUAAGUCAGUCACCUUGUCCCAUCCCAGAGUCCUAUGAAUUCAGUGACCCAACAUUAUUGCAGAACUUUGAGAAUGACCAUCCCACGAAAGACUAUAUAAAGGAAUUUCUUACCCUGUUGUGCGCGUGCCACACUGCGGUUCCAGAGAGAGACGGAAAUGAUAUAAGCUACCAGGCCUCCUCCCCAGAUGAAGCAGCUUUAGUGAAAGGAGCAAGUAAACUUGGCUUUGUUUUCACUACAAGAACAUCGUACUCUGUCAUCGUAGAAGCUAUGGGAGAAGAAUUCACAUUUGAAAUUCUUAAUGUCCUGGAAUUUUCUAGUACUGGAAAGAGGAUAUCUGUAAUUGUGCGAACUCCUACAGGACAGCUCCGGCUCUACUGCAAAGCGGCUGAUUCAGUGACUUAUGAGAGACUUUCAGAAGAUUCUCUCUUUGCGGAGGAGACUUUAGCCCAUCUGGAAUGUUUUGCCAAAGAAGGUUAUUACAAGAUAUUGAAUAUAGUUCCCUCUGUCCCUCUGCUAUACAUAAAAACAAAUACCUCUUUCAAAAAACGUCUAGAGCAUAUUCCUGUAAACUGUUAUCAGGUCAAAUGCCUCAUAUUCAAAUUGAAUGCAAAUUCAUUAGAGGCAACACAACAAGUGAUUAAUCAGAACUGCCAAGAUCUUGGAGCCUUGUUAGGUAGACAAAAUGACCUGGCCCUAAUCAUUGAUGGAACUGGUGAAAACAACUGGGUAUGGAACUGGCUGAAACUGUUACUUACAAGAGGAGUGGAGGGCGGUAAAAAAGAAGAGUUAUCUCCCCUCCAGAAGGCUGAGAUAGUGGAUAUGGUUAAGGAACAUGUAAAGGCCAUCACCCUGGCCAUCGGGGACCAGACGGCCCACGUGGGUGUGGGAAUCAGUGGGAACGAGGGCAUGCAGGCCACCAACAACUCGGAUUAUGCCAUCGCACAGUUUAGCUACUUAGAGAAGCUUCUGUUGGUUUAUGGAACUUGGAAUUAUUUUCGAGUGACCAAAUGCAUAUUGUAUCGUUUGUACAAGAAUGUUGUGUUAUACAUCAUUGAGCUUUGGUUCGCCUUUGUUAAUGGAUUUUCUGGGCAGAUUUUAUUUGAACGUUGGUGCAUCGGCUUGUACACCGUGAUUUUCCACGUCACUGCCACCUAUUACUCUGGGAAUCUUUGAACAGUGUUGCAGUCAGGAGAGCCUGCUUAGGUAUCCACAACUCUACACAAUUUCUCAGACAGGUGAUAUUUUCAAUAUAAAGGUGCUUUGGAUUCAAUGUAUAAAUGCUUUGGUCCAUUCCUUCAUUCUCUUCUGGUUGCCCACAAAAAUGCUGGAACAUGGUGGGUACGCAUUUUCUCAAGUAGAACACGCUGUGAUUUCUCAGGAAGAACUAGUCCGUUCUUAUGACACCACCAAAAGCAAACCCCGGAGGACUUUUACUUCUGCCUUUUCCAAGUCCAUCACUGAGUAAGAUGUGGGUCCCUGUGUCCCGCACUUUCCUGUCCUCCCCUGAGAUGGCUACAGCGAGCCAAUACUCCUCAACACCCCUUCCUGUGACUGGCCAGUUUGUUAUUUAUGGAUCGACUGGGUCAUGAUUCCUGGGUGUAAAUAAUGGAGGAAACCUAUUGGCUUUUUCUUAAUUUAGCUUCAAUGUUUUACCUAAUUUAUUUAUUUUUCUGUGGCUGUGAGAUGAUUUAUCAGUUCAGUCUAAAGUAUAAAAUUAAAAGCAUUAUGUUUUACCAAAAUUUAAACUUUGGUACAAGUU